AUGGCGGUAUCAGGUCUUCUCGAUCGUGGCGUUCCUCCAUUCCCUAGAUAUCUCCUAUACAUUAAAGGGGGUAUUCUGUUCCUCUCUGUCAUCGUUUUAAUAUUAGCUGCGUACUCAACGUCUGUUCAAGGAGACGUCCCUGCAGAGUACUCAUCUGGAGUCCCUGGUUAUCUGAUCUUUCUAACCUUAUUCACGUGGAUCACAUACGGAACUUCUACAGCGAUUGAGACAAUAGCACCGCACCUCUAUUACCGCGUCGUCGUACUAGUGGUGUAUGCCCUUAGUGUGAUACUAUGGUUAACGGGUUGGGCGUGGAGUGCAUCAUGGGCAUCCUACACCCUCUCGUUCAACGAAAAUUACAGGGUCGAUAAUAAGGGGGGUUCAUGGAGUACGUUUGGAUCUGUAAUGGGAGCAUGUGCAGGUCUCGGGGCUCUUACUUGGGCCUUUACGCUUUUUGUAUUCGGGUUAUUUUGUCAAACGUGCUUGAAAAGCCCUGGCGUAUCUAGUGUUGGCAACAUUGAACUGGGAGGAAUGCAGAAACAUCAUCAGCAUCAUCAGCAUCAUCAGCAUCAUCAGCAUCAACAGCAGACCGUCUACCCUGCCCAGCAGAGUUAUACUACUCAAUCGGUCUAUGGGAUACAUCCUCAACGUGCUUAG